AUGCCUCCGUGGCCCUUGGUCGCAUCUUGUCGAAAAAGGGUCUAUCAUCGCGUUUCGGAGAUGAGAGAUGACAUGGAUUGGCAACUACAUUACGUUGCAGAAAUUAAACAAGAAGAAGAAGUGUUAAUGAUGCGGCAAUGGGAAAUAGCGGCUGGACGUCAUGGAGCGCUGGGAGAACUAACCAGGAUGGCCUUGAGACCGGUUCUAGAUCAAUGGUGCAAGAGGAAGUUUGGAUACGUGAAUUUUCAUCUCACGCAGAUAUUGUCGGGACAUGGCUGUUUUGGCCAUUAUCUUUAUAGGAUGCAGAAACGAUGGUCACCGAUGUGUCAGCAGUGUGUCAGACCUGAUAAUACGAGUAAGCAUACAUUGAUCUUCUGUAGUGAGUGGAUUAUAGGACGUCAAAGACUGGUGAGUGCUUUAGACAUUGACAGUGACUCAUUAAGCUUAAUGAACAUUAUUAAAGAAAUAGUUGUGUCAGAGGACAAGUGGACUGCCUUUAGUGUUUUUGCUCACACUAUUAUGAGUGGUAAGGAGGAGGAAGAGAGGAGUUUGCGGGCUGCUCUCCUCUCACCCACCUCUGAUUAG